AUGAUUCGCCGCGCCAUCUCGGACGCGCCGAGCUACGGCGACCGAGGGACGUUCGAGGACUACGAGGGGUGGUCGUUCUGGACCUUCUUCGCCGCCGUGCACUGGAUCUUACUCGUCACGACGCUGCCGCUGUUCAUCGAAGCCGCGGCGGGGUGUCAGGGCGAACGGAAGAAACGCAUCGACGGCGCGCGCGGGUACACCGACUACGGCGGCGGCGGCGGCGGCGGCGAGUACGCGGCGCUGCCCGCGGCGCCGCCGACGAAGCGCUUGACGUUCGACACCGGGGGAACGGAGAUCGUCGAAGAGGACUCCGCGGCGACCGCCGCCGCCGCGUGA